ACUCGCGCCUUCACCAUCUUCUCACUACAUCAUCCAAAUUCAAAGAAAAAACCACAUUCUCAUUUUCCGCUUUUUCAGGAUCACAAAAUAAUGGAAGCAGAAGCAACAAUAUCAUCAACCACCAUAGGUGCCGGUGGAAGAAGAGGCGGUGAUAGAAAAAAAGCCGUUUCAAAAUCUUCCAAAGCCGGUCUUCAAUUUCCCGUUGGUCGUGUCGCUAGGUUCAUGAAGAAAGGUCGUUAUUCACAGCGUCUUGGUACCGGUGCUCCUAUUUACCUCGCCGCUGUUCUCGAAUAUCUCGCCGCCGAGGUUCUUGAAUUGGCUGGGAAUGCUGCAAGAGAUAACAAGAAGAAUAGAAUCAACCCUAGACAUGUGUGUCUUGCUGUGAGAAAUGAUGAUGAAUUAGGAAAAUUGCUUCAAGGUGUAACAAUUGCUAAUGGUGGAGUUUUGCCAAAUAUUAACCCUAUUUUGUUGCCAAAGAAAACUGGUUCCGUUGCUGCAGAGACUGCGUCGAAGUCACCGAAGAACUAGAUUUUUACAUUUGUAUAAUCUUCUAAUUAGGGUUUUACAUUAGAUGUAAUUUGUUGCAGAAGUAAACUUGUUUUGAUCUCUUUAAUCUAACUAUUUUUGUUGGAUAAAUGUAGCAUUUCGUUGAAUAUAAAUGAAUCUAU